AUGGCGUAUCCCUUCGCCAGGGCUCUGAAAAUCAAGGCACUGGGUUACAACGCAGUCUCAUUCUACGUCAACUGGGCCUUGCUUGAGGGCAAGCCAGGCGAGGUACGCAUGGACAAUGUGUUUGAUCUUCAACCUUUCAUCGAAGCCGCCGUUGAGGCUGGAUUAUAUCUCAUCGCACGACCUGGUCCUUAUAUCAACUCUGAGCUCUCUGGGGGCGGUUUCCCCGGCUGGUUACAGCGCAACAAAGGCGAACUGAGAUCAAUGGCCCCGGACUAUACCAACGCAACUGAGAACUACAUUUCAAGCGUCCUUCGCGUCAUCUCCGCAGCCCAGAUCACCAAGGGCGGACCCAUCAUCCUUGUUCAGCCGGAAAACGAGUACAGUCUAGCGGUCGGAACUGCCAACCCGGUUGAGUCAACCAGGCUCCUGGACCCAAAUUACAUGGAGUUCAUGGAAGACCAAUUUCGACGAAAUGGUAUCGAAGUUCCUUUGAUUGGAAAUGACGCCGUGCCUCUUGGAAACUGGGCUCCUGGAUCAGGCAAAGGGGAGUUGGACAUUUACGCGCAUGAUGCUUACCCUUUCUACAAAGGAUCAAAGAUCAACCAGGACUUCACCCGUGUCUUCGUGAAAGAGCUUGUGUCGCGCUCUAUCAAGAUACUCAAUCUCUACAUGACGUACGGCGGGACAAACUGGGGGAACAUGGGACACUCAGAGGGCUACACUUCCUACGAUCAUGGUGCUUCUAUCAGGGAGAACCGUGGAAUCGACCGGGAAAAGUAUAGUGAAGCCAAGAUCGAAGCUCAUUUCCUGCGUGUUUCCGAGGCCUAUCUCACAGCCAUCCCCCAAAAUGCCACAUCUACCGAGUUCGUUAGCACACCAGAACUCCGAGUCGUUCCCAUCGUCGGGGACAAGACUCGUUUCUACGUUGUGCGCCAUACAGAUUACACCUCACUCAACCGCACUUCCUACAGACUCAAUUUGCCGACAUCUGCCGGCAACAUCUCCGUCCCCUUGCUGGGCGGUGAUCUUUCGCUACAUGGGCGAGACUCUAAGAUCCACAUCACAGAUCAUGAUGUAGGUGGCACCAGCUUGAUCUACUCGUCAGCGGAAAUAUUCACCUGGAAAACUUACGGAAACAAGACACUGCUCAUCUUGUACGGGGGCGGGGGCGAAGAGCACGAGUUCGCUGUGCCAUCCUCGUUAGGAAAGCCGCAAUUCGAAGGCAGCAAUGCGACGACACGUACUUACGGCAGCUUCAGAGCUGUUCACUGGCUAGUCCAAGAAAGGAGACAGGUUGUGCAUUUCGAAACCCUCGAGAUUCACCUCCUGUGGCGCAAUGACGCCUACCGCCAUUGGAUCCUUGAUCUUCCCGAUGCUGACAAUGGAUUGAUCCAGCCCACUCUGGGGAAGUCGUCAAUCGUCGCCAAGGGGCCUUAUCUUCUGCGGAAUGCAACUUUUGCCGAUGGUGUGCUUCAUUUGGCGGGAGACAUCAAUGCUACUACAACUCUUGAAAUCCUAGGCGGGGUCCCUCCGAACAGCGGGCUUAGCUUCAAUGGCCGCUCCCUUUCGAAUGCCCAAUGGAAGAACGGCAGGCUCCAAGCUGAGCUCGUCUUUGAAAGUCCGACACUUAACCUGCCGGUCUUUUCCGAACUGAAGUGGCAUUCAAUCGAUUCACUCCCAGAGGUCUCUGAGAGCUACGACGAUUCCGCCUGGACCAAAGCAACGCUAGAGCAAAGUAACAAUCCUCGCAAUUUGACGACACCAACAUCGCUCUACUGCAGUGACUACGGCUUCCACGGCGGCUCACUUAUCUACCGAGGCCACUUCACUGCGACCGGCAAUGAAUCCUUCUUCAACGUGACGACAGCAGGCGGCUUUGCUUACAGCCACUCUGUCUGGGUUAACGAGACCUUCCUCGGAUCCUUUCCUGGAGAUCCUCACACUGCCAACUCAACGCAAGUCUUUGAUCUUACUGGUCUCAAACUCGAGGGCCCUUCAGUUUUCACUGUUGUCAUUGACCAUAUGGGCAUGAGCAUGAACUUCUGGGCACGGUCCGACUGGAUGAAGCUCCCACGCGGUAUCGUUGACUUUUCGCUUGGUGGUCAUCAGCAGUCGGACGUGAGUUGGAAGCUUACCGGUAACCUGGGAGCUGAAGACUACAUUGACAAGACGCGUGGUCCUCUGAACGAGGGUGCCUUCUAUGCCGAACGACAAGGCUUUCAUCUUCCAGGGGCAUCCACGUCUGACUGGGCUCCAGUAACACCUUUUGAAGGCACCAAGACGGCUGGUGUAUCUUUCUACAAGACAGAGUUCCCCUUGGAUAUGCCGAUCGGCUACGAUAUCCCUCUGAGCUUUGUUAUCUCGAACGUGACGGCUUCAACUGGAGAGUCAAGCCUCUUCCGCGCGCAGCUUUUCGUCAAUGGGUAUCAAUUUGGCAAGUACGUCAACUAUGUUGGCCCGCAAACACGCUUCCCUGUUCCAGAGGGCAUCCUCAACUACAACGGAAACAACACCGUAGCACUCACUCUGUGGGCUUUGGAUGGAUCGGGUGCACGUCUCAAGGGAUUCGAAUUGGCAGUGGACCACAUCGUCCAGUCAGGCUACCGAAAACCUGGGCAGACACCUCAACCGUCGUGGGUGAAGAGGAUUGGGGCGUACUGA